UUUGCUCCCGUUAUUUUUUGUUUAAAUUUUGUGAGAAUUUGUCGAAAAUUUUUUUGGAGUAUUUUUUGGGAGGUUUUUGAUUUUAAAAUUAAAUUCUUAUUUCUUGCUCAUUAUUUUCGACAAAUUUUCAUUCAAAGAAAUUUUCCUUCUAUCAGAAAAUUUCUUAAUAUUGGCUUCUUUUUUAUUACUUUUUUUCUUUUAUUUUUUGUUAAAGCAUUGUUCGAAAUUUUUGUUUUUUUUAAUUUAGAGAGUUCAUAAAUACUCUAUUUAUAUUUUUUUCUUUAUUAAAAUUCAUUUAAACUAAUUUGAUUAGCACUUUUGAAUAUGGCGGCCGGGGUUUUUAGCGACCUUUCCAUAGGACAUUUUCCUCUUUCCUUCUCUUCAUUUUCCUUUUUUGACCAUUUUGUGUCAUUUUCAAAUUUAAUGUCCACGGAAAUGUUCCGCUAAAAACCCCGACUCUUUUACAGUUUCGGCGUCCGUUAAGAUUUUUAAAAUUAUUUUUCUAGUUAUAGCAUCUUUAGCAUUAAAUUCCAAUUGAAAUUAAGAAUGCAACAAGCAAAUAUAUUUUCAUCAAUGCCAUCAACAUCAACUUCAGUUCCACCUUUGGCAGUUCAUUUAAAUAUGUUAAUUAAUACAUUGGGUGAAGCACCUAGAGAUGAUGUUAAAUUUCAAGUUUUGAAGGAAAUCAGCGAAAAUAUCGACGAGCUUUUUGGAACUUCAGCUUAUUCAUCCUUAAUUGAAGGCCUUAUAUGUAUUUUUAUGAGAUUAUUACAAGAAACUUCUCCCCAAUUUAUUGCAGAAAAUAAUACAUUGCAACUACGUAAAUUAAUGUUAGAAUUGUUAUUUCGUCUAUCUUCAAAUGAUGUAGUCAAAUCUUAUGGUAAAAGUCUUCAACAAAUAUUGCUUCGACUUAUUUAUUUGGAAAAUGAAGAAAAUGCUUUAUUAAUAAUUAAAAUCCUUACUGAUCACAUCAAAACAUUUCGUCCAGCAUUUGCAUCAGAAUUGACAAGCUUUUUUAUUCAAUGGAAAAAUGCUUAUACAGAAAUGUUGAGACAUACAGCAAAUGAAUCAAUGUUUUUACAAAAGCCUUUUUCUACUUCAAAAAGAACGAUAGAAGAAAGUGUUGUGGAGGCUUUGAGAACUUGUUAUUUCACUACACCACUUACUUUUUCCCAGCCACAACAAAGUGAUGAAAGUGUGACUCCAAUGCUUGAAAAGUACACAUUAAUCCCAAAAGCAAAUCAAAGUGUAAAAGUUUUGGCAGAAAUGUCAGUUUUUCUUUUUGUAUUAAUUCAAAUGCAUCGUCAACAUUUACUUGGAGAAGUUUUAGAUUUAAUACCAAUAUUUCUUCGUUAUAUAAAUAUUAAAUUGCCUGAACAUUUGAAGUUGGAAAAAAAUUAUAAUAGAGAAUUGGUUGAUGAAUUUCAUAAUUCUCAAGUUAGAGCACUCUCUUUUAUUGGUUAUACAGCAAAACAAGCACAGAUUGCCACAGUUAUUAGUGAACACACAAAAUCUAUCACAGAUGCAAUUUUAAUGUUAAUUGAUUCAUUCCAUCCAGAAGUAAUAAUUCAAAGAAGAGAAUUACUUAUGUCAUUAAAAUAUUUAUUUCAAUCAGAAUUUAAAACAAAUUUUAUUACAUUAAUUCCAAAAAUGUGUGAUGAAAAAGCUUUGUUAGGAAAUUCAUUUACUUCACAGGAUCAGUUGAGAAAUCAGUCAUAUUCACUGCUUGCAGAUAUAUUACAUCAUGUUAGAAUGAAUAUUCCACAUUUACUUAAACACAUAUUUUUUCUUUGUUCUCGUUGUUUACAUGAUCAUCAACUUCUACCUUAUGUACAAACAAUGUAUGGAAAAUUGAUGAUGAAUUUAAUUGAACCAUUAAUUAUACAAUCAAAGGAGAAUGGCACUGAAAUUCAACGUUUAAUUCUUUGUAAUUCAAUUAAUUCAUUUCUUCGAAAAGCAAAAUUAAUUGCUAAUUAUCAUUUACCUUUAAUUAAAGAAAAAUAUAAUAAAAGUAAUAUUAUACAACCUCAACAGCAAUAUCAAUCACAACAAAUCAAAUCAACAAUAGAACAAAAAAAUUUACAAUCUCCAAGUAAAACAAUUGCAAUAACCGAAGGACAGCAAACACAAGAAACUGAAAUUACUGGAGGAGGAGGAGGGCAAAAACAGGAAAAAAGCUCGUCUUCAAUAGAAACUAAUCGUGCUACAUUUUGGCAAGAUCCAACUUCACCUCUUUCUUUAAAUGAUUGUAAAAAUUUAGUGAGAUUUAUUAUUCAACCAAUAAAAAUGAUGGUUAUAGCACUCAAAGAAAUUGGAAUUGAACAAGAACCUCAAGUUGAUUCAACAGUUGAACGUUGUUUAUUAGAAUUAUUUCCAAAUGGACUAAUUUGUUUGGAUAUUUUUAUAAUUGGAUCUAAUUUAAUGCAAGGUGGAGGAUUAGGAAAUGUGUAUCAACAUAAAAUUAGCUCAAAUGUACGUUCAAAAGAAGAAAAGGAGACUCUUGAUGCUUUUAUUGCAAUUUAUACAAAUAUGAGAUCAUCCUCGUUUGAGCGUGUACUUGAACAACAUAUUGAGUUUCUUAUUGAACGUAUAAGUAUUAAUCCAAUAUUACAAAAUAUUUGUAGUACAUUUCUUACAAAUCCUGCAACAAUGAAUAAAACUGGACAAAUUUUGGUUAAAUAUUUAUUAACAAAAUUGCCAGAUUUGGGAGCAAAUAAUGAAAGGGCUACACUUUAUUUAAAAUUGUUUAAACUUGUAUUUCAUGCAAUUUCUUGUUCAUCAAAUAAUUCUGAUUGUGAUACUAUUUUAAAGCCUUUUCUUCAUCAAAUAAUUAAACAAUCAAUGCAAUAUGCUUUAGAAGCACGCGAAUCUACUAACUAUUUUCUUCUUUUACGAGCAUUGUUUAGAUCAAUAGGAAGUGGAACACAUGAACAAAUGUAUCAUCAAUUUCUUCCUCUAUUACCUUCGAUAUUACAACAAUUGAAUCGUCUUCAAAAUGGAUCUCAUUUACAAUCAAUUCAUGAACUUUUUGUUGAAUUAUGUUUAACAGUUCCAGUACGAUUAUCUUCACUUUUACCCUAUUUGCCUCUUUUAAUGGAUCCAUUAGUUUGUGCUUUAAAUGGUUCUCCAACAUUAGUUCAACAAGGAUUACGUACACUUGAACUUUGUGUUGAUAAUUUACAACCUGAAUAUUUUUAUGAUCAUAUGCAACCUGUACGUGCUUCAUUAAUGAAAGGUUUAUGGCAUUGUGUAUCUCAUGGUGAUUCUCAUUCAUCAUUAACUGCUUUUAGAAUUUUGGGUAAAUUUGGUGGAUCAAAUAGAAAAAUACUUUUGGAUGCUCAAAAUAUACAAGAUUUUAAUAAAAUAAAUAAAAAUGAAGAAAAAUUGCCAAAAAUAAUUUUACCAUUUAAUAAAAUUCAAAUUGAAAAUAAUAAUGAAGAAUUAGUAAAUAAUGAAGAAUUAAUUCAAUGUACUGUUGAUUUGAAUCAAAUUGUUAAUUCUGCUUGUAAAAUAUUGAGAAACCAAACAACAACAACUUCAAAUUCAUAUAAUCAACUUGCUGCAGCAAAUUUAUUAAAAUUUGUUUUAUUAAAAAUUUUUUCAAUUGAAAAAUCAUCAAUUAAAAAUUCUUCCCAAUUUGUUGACAAUAUUUCUAACAAAAUUGAUGAAAAAUCAACUAAAAUGUAUAUUAUUUGUUCUGAUUCAAAUUCAAGAGAAUUAACAAUAAAUGCUUUAAAAGGAAUUUUUAUUUGUGUUUUUAAUGUUGAAACAAGAGAAAAAUUUUUGGAAUUUUUUAAAAUUGUUAUUAAAUAUUUAACUAUAAGUGGAAUUUUUGAGGGAAAUGAUAGGAAAGAUCAUUCUUCAAUGGAUUCAUUUGUAUUAAUUGAUGUAAUAGCCCAAACAUUGUCUGAUCCUUGCAAAGAUUAUUGUCAUGCUGCUAUUCUUGCUUUACGUAUAAUAAUUGACACAUUAAAUAUUAUUUAUGAACAAAAUGUUGAAAAAAUUUGUCAAUUUCCAUUAUUUGAAUAUUUAUUUGAAAAGAUUACAUUACUCUGUUAUAGCUGUGAAUGGUUUUCUAAACUUGGAGGAUGUACUGCUUUAAGGCUUAUAAUUGAAUAUUAUCCUCCUUUAUUAGUACAAAAAUAUUGUAUUAAAAUUGUUGAAGCUUGUAUUCAAAUGAUUUCUGAUUUAUCAAAUGAACUUUCUAGUGGUGCUUUAGAUUAUUCUUCAAAAACUAUAGAUUUACUUUUAAAUGUUUGUUUUCCAAAUAAUUCAAAUUCAAUUGUAUCAAUUGAUUUAUUAAAUCAAUUUGUAUCAAAAUUAAUAAAUUUUAUUGAUGAUCCAGAUUAUAUUUUGAGAAAAGAGAUUUUUCGAAUAAUUUGUUCUUUGUCUACUCGAACAAAUUUGGCUCUUUAUUCAAUUUUAAAAAAUUUUAAAGAAUCUUUGAGAACAAAAAUUUUGGAGUCUAUAAGAGAAUUUGUUACAAUUUCUGAAAAGAGUAAAAUUGCUGGAAUUGAUCUUUUUAUUUUUUGUUCAAAAAUUGAUGAAUUCAAUAUUGAUAUUCCUCUUUAUGAAUGUAUGAUAUUUUCAAAAAGUCUUCUAAAAAUUUGUUUCCAUAUUAUUGAAGAGAAUAGUAGCAAUGGUUUUUCUGAUGAGAGGCGAAAUGAAGCAACACUUCGAGAUAUUGCAUUGAAAGCCCUUAUUCUUCUCUAUUUUAAUAUUGCUUCAUAUUCCAAAUCAAUUAUUUCUUCAAUACAAAUCCCAAAAUUUUUACAUCAUCAAAAACAACAACAAAUUUUGUUGGAACAAAUAUUUCAAACAAUUUUUGAAAAUGCUAUAAUAAUGAAAAAUGGAAAUAAAUUAAAGGAAGAAGCUUGUGAAUGUAUUGGGAAGGAUGUCCUUAUAUUAAUUGAUGCUUCUUUAUCUUCAAAUAAUAUUAACAUUGUUGAUGUUGAAUGUGUUUCUAAUGCUUUACAAUUUUUUACACAUGUCAAUUAUUUGGAUCAACAAUUGUUACAAAAAUUAUUUUUAUUUUAUUCUGAAUGUUUAUCUAUUUUUACAACAAAGCAAAAUAUUACUUGGCAAAAUGAUUAUUUUUCUUACUUAUCUAAAUUUUCAAGUGAUUUUUAUCCUAUAACAAUUUUAACAAAAGAAAUAUUUAAUAAUGAUUCUGCUACUAAUUUUCUUGUUUUACUUACAAGUAUGGAAGAUGCAACAAAUUUUAGACUUUGUAUAGCUGAUAAUUUAUCAACUUUGCAACAAUUUACAGAUGAAUUACUUGAGCAAAAUAAUAAUGAUAUCUUCUCUCCCAACAGUAAUGAAAAUGAUUUAUCUAAUUUAAACAACAAUAAAAAAUUUAUGUUAAAUUUUCUUCGUUUUCUUUCAACAUUUUUUGAGAAGCAUAAUCUUUUAAAUGAUAGUAAUGAUUUUUCUAAUAAUUAUAUUCAAUUGUGGAAUGAUAUAAUAUUUUCAAUAAGACAGUUAUGGCUAUCAGAAAAUUUUCAGAAUGGUCAUUCUGUUGGGCAAAUUUUCCCAGACGAAGAAGCUGCCAAUUUAUUAUCAGCUUUACCGCAGGAAGAAGAAGAAACAUUUUUUAUACCACCAAAAAUUUUGGAUGAAAAUAAAUUUGAUGUCCCAAUUUAUUGUGCUCGUAUAAUUUUAACUAAAUUAAAAUUUUUGUUGGCUUUACAAACAACUGUUGAAAAUUCUGAAAUUUUAUCGUCUGAAGAUGAAAUAAUUGAUUUAUUAUAUGAUUUAACUUUUGCAUUUGUUAGAAAUUAUGCUUCAGAUUUUUUAUUUUUACAACAAUUUAUUGAAGAAGAAAUUGUGCCGAAAAUUUCUUUAUCUCUUCGCCGUGCUACCUUUUUCAAAGUUAUCAACCUUCUUAAAUCUGAUCCAAAAAAUGGACAUUCAAUGCAUUUGGUACGUUUUAUGCAAUAUAUUGUUGCUCCAUCAUUUUCUUUUGCUUUUGAUAAUUAUGAUAUUGAUUUGGUUGUUGGUGGUGAUCCUCUUCCACAAAUAUCUGAUUCUCCAUCAACAUCAAUGAUAGAUGAUGAUCAAAAACAUUCACAACAAAACAAUAUUGUAUUAAUUUUAUGCCGUGAAGUAAUUCAAAAAGCAACAUCUGAUCGAACUUCUUUAAGUCAUACAUUAGUUAUUGUUAUGUAUCUUUUUUGUUCUUUAUUUGUUCAAAAAUGUUCAACACAUAUUUAUGAUGCUUCAAAAAAGCAACAAGGAAAUAAACAAGAAUUGGGUAAUCUUCGACCUUUUAUGCUUUUUGGUUGGCCUUCUUUACAACAAAGUUUUCGUGGAGAUUUAACAGAAAAAUAUGCUGGCCUCUUUCUCAUAGCAAACAUUGUUGAUAAAUUUUUAAUUAAUCGAACUAUAAUUUUACAAGUUUUGAAUAGUUUAAUACAAGCAUAUCAACAGGAUAAUAAAGAAAUGGUUCGUAAAUCUUUGGAUAUUUUAAUCCCAGCAGUAACUAGACGUAUGACAGAUGGUUAUUCUCAAUUAAAAGCUUUAAUUAAAAAAGUUAUGAUUGAAGAAACUAAACAAUAUGGGUUACAAAUUAUACAUUGCUUACAAAUUAUAAUUCGACAAUAUAAAGUUUUUUAUUAUGUUCGUCAUUCAAUGUCACAAUUAAUUUUAAGUUCAAUACAAAAAUUAAUGUCAAUACAAAUUGGUUUAGAAACAAAACGUUUAUUAUUAGAAUUUUGUGAAGUUGUUAUAAAAUGGGAACAAGAUAGACAACAACAAUUAAAUUUGACAAAUAAUUCUAAUUGUAAAACUGAGCAUGUUGUAGUAGAACUUGGUGAUGAUAAUGAUGAUGUUCAACAACAAUCUCAACAACCUAGUACUUCAAGUAAUAUUGAUGCUGAGCCUUCAAUUCCUCUACCACCUGAUUCAAACAAAGAAAUGGAUAAAAAUUUUAUUGAUACUGUUAUUAUGUUUUUGUUUCGUAUGGCUACAUCUACAGAUCAAUUUUCUACAAGUAGUGGAGGAGGAUCUUCUGCUCUUGAACAAAUUAAUACUUUGAAACCAAAUAUUUUUGGAAAUGUUGUUACUAUUCGGACAAAUUUAUUUGAGAAACAAUUACAACUACCCAAUCCAGAACAAUUUAGUACAGCAAAUGAAACUGCAAUAAAUCAACAACUUCAAUUAGUUAAUAUAACUUUGGAUGUUCUUUCGAAUAUUAUACCUCAUUUGUCUCAACAAUUGCUUGUAGAUUUAUUUCGACCUUUACAAAGAUCUUUAAUUUGUUGUAUGAGCUAUAGCAAUUCUCAACAAAUACUUCGUAGUACAUACAAUAUUUUGGGUAAACUUCUUGAUAAAACAACAAAAAAUAAUGCAGCUGCAAUGACACUUCCUCCUGGUCUAAAUGACUUUGAUUUACUUAAUCAACAUAUUAGUCGUUGUAUUCAUGAUGCUUUUAAUAAUUAUGCUUGUUCAUUAACUGCUUCACCUCCAAUGACAGUUAUUACAUUAUUGAGAUUAAUGCAUUCAGCACAAUCUAAUUAUUUGGAAACUGUCUGUUUAGGAUCGUUUGUUAAACUAUUACAAAGACUUGUUCGUGAAUAUGUUGCAACAAAUUUUACUUAUUCUGCUACAACAGCAAUUACACCUAUUCAACAACAUGAUUUACAAGCACAAAAAUUAAUUGGUGAUUUACUUUCAAUAUGUUUAGAAUUAUUAUGUUCACGUACUUGUUAUUUUAAUACUGAAGCACAAAAAACUAUUGUACAAUUUGUUAUAAUACCUUUAAUUGAAAAAGGAGCAGCAGAUAAAUUAAUUGAAAAUGUUAUUAAGAUUGCAACAGAAAUUCUUACAUCAGAAGUACAAUUAAUUUCUGAAUCAUUUCAACAACAAUUACAACAAAUUACAUCAACUCCUCAACCAAAUAUUAAAAUUCAAAGUUUAGGAGCACAAGUUUUGAUCAAACUUUUUUCAACAUUAGAAUCAAGAUUAACAACAAAUUUUGAAUUGAAAAAUUUAUUUUUAAAUGCAAUAAUUUUAUUAUAUGAAAAUUCGUCGUCUUUAAUGUUGAGUAGUAGUGAAGGAUUAUUAAAUAUUGAAAUUAUUCUACCAGCAUUUUAUUGGGGUUUAUGUUGUGUGGAUAAAGAACUUCGUAAAAGAUUUUUCACAAUUCAUCAACGUUUAUUUCCUCCCAAUUUAUUUGCUCGAUUAAUAUAUAUUUUUACAAAUGAACGUUGGGAUUUAUUAAAUUCUUCUACAACAAAUUCUUCCUCAAUUAUUGCACAUUUAAUUAAUUUAUUAUUAAAUGCGGAUAAAUCAACAACUAAUUCAAAUUUAUUAUUAAAAUUAAAAAAUUGUUCAAUAUUUUGUCCUUUAUUAAUAAAUGGAGGAAUAAAUGAAGAAAAAAAGGAAGAAAAAAUUGAGGGAAGAAUUGAGGGAAGAAAUAGGGAAGAUGAUGAAAAAAUAAUUGAAAAAAUGUCUUUGGAUGUUGAAACAAUUGAUCUUGUUAAUGUAGGGGAGGAUGAAGAGGAAGAUGAGAUUCAAAUGGAUACAAUAACAAUAGAAGAUGAUAAAGGAAGAAGAAAAAAUAAGGAAGGAGGGGAGGAUGAAGCAAUGGAUGUUGAUGAUAAAGAAGAUAAUAACUCUCAAUUGAAUAAAAUUUUUGAUGAAAUACAGGAAAGUCUUUGCAUAUCAAAUGAUGAACAAUUAACACCUUCCACAAUUUGUACUGAAUGGAUAGAAAAUUUUGUUGAUUUACUUUAUAUUGAUCCAUUAUUAUGUCAACAAACAUUUAUUAAGUUAUUCACAUCAAUAUGGUCCAAUUUAAACGAAAAUGAACGUGAAAAAAUUUGUUCAUUUAUAACUCCAUUUUUAACUUCAUCAGCAUUUUGUAUUCCACCAUCAACAACAAAAAAUGGAAGAAUAAAAAAAGAAGAUAAUCAUUUUGAGGAAGAAGAAAAUUUUGUUGUUUCAACAAUAUUAAAAGCUUUAAUUAAAUGUAAAAAGCCUGAAAUUGAAAUUGAUCCAGUUGUUUUAAGCUAUGUUGGAUCAAAUUUUAAAUGUUGGCAUAUUGCUCUAUUAAAAUUAGAAAAAAUUGCGAUAAGUAAAAAAGCAUUAAUUUCUAAUAUUGGUGGUGAAAUAACAACGUCAGCUUGGAAUGCUGCAACAAAUUUAACAGAAGAAAAAUUGGUAAUAUAUUUUUGAUUUAAAUUUGAAAACACAAAUCAGAAAAAAAGAAACACAAAAUCAGAAAAAAAAACACAAAAUCAGAAUAAAACACAUAAAAGAAUAAAACACAAAAUCAGAAUAUAAAUUAGGUAAAAGGGAAAAUCAAACAAGAAUAAACCAGAAUAGCUAGAAAAUCAGAAUAACCAGAACAAAAUCAGAAAAAAAAGAAAAUACAUAUCAGAAUAAAAAUCUGAAAAAGAAAAUACAAACCAGAAUAAAUUUAAAGAACACAAAUCAGAAUAAAAAUUACAAAAAAAAAGACAA